AACCCAACGCGGAGCUCUUAAACGUCUUUCCCCCCCGAUUUCCGAUACGCGCUCGUCAUUUCCGACAAAGAGGGGUGGCGUCGUGAAACCUUCCCGUCCAGUUUUCCUUGCCCAGUUCUUGUCUUAGAGCCGCUGUUCCCGCGCACUCUCUCGGCCGCUGGUGCAGACGACGGACUUAGCGCGGGGCGGAGGGACGCUGCCAUUCCUCCCGGCUUUUUGUCUUUUGGCCUCUGGUGACGUGGACUCCGGGUUCGGUUUUGCUCGGCUGAACAAAGUCCGGCCAGGGCGGCGUUUGCGGUCGAGGCCUGGGCCGCUCCAGGAAAAGCCGACGCAAUGAAAGUUGACGCAAAAAGGGUGUGGAACCACAUGGAAAAAAAUAAAGUAGAUGAUAUAUUUGAGUGUAUCCACAAGGCACUAUUGUCUUUGCAGCAGAAGAUCAAAGAUGGAACUGCAACAAGUGAAGAAUGCGAUCAAGCUUUGGCACUUGUGAAUCAGCUGGGAAUGGCUGACCUCUUACCUCUGGUGCAUGAAAAUAAGCCUAUAUGCAAUCUGGAUUUACAUCUGUCUACUCCAGGGAAAAUUACAGAAGAUGCUGGCGAUGAUUGUUCUCUACUGGAAAAUAAUGAGGGAAUGGAUUUAAGGAUUGAAGGAGAAUCUGCAGAGACACCUUCCAAGUUCUACCAGGAUCAUGUCUGUUCUAAGAAAUGUCUUUCCAAAAGGCCAUGGGAUUCCUACAAAGGGGAAAAUCCUUUGAAGUUGCCGCUGCUGUGUCACUUCCAGAGAUGGCAUGCCAGAGCAGAUUCUGGCUCAAAAUCAUACGAUGUGAUAUACAAAGCUCCGUGCGGAAAGAGCCUGAGGAAUUUUAAAGAUGUGCAGAAUUACUUAUUUCAAACAGGAUGCAGCUUUUUAUUUUUAGAUCACUUUUCCUUCAAUACCUAUGUGCAGUUAUUCAGAAGCAGUUCUAGUCCCCAGGCGUUUAUCACUGAUCCAGAUAUCAGCCAAGGGGCAGAGACUGUACCAGUGUCCUUCUGUAAUGAUAUCAACCACGAUUGGCUGCCUUGCUUUAAAUACCAGAAGACUUCUUGGCCCCGUGGAUACUUCUUGAACAACUUUUCCAGCAGUUUUCUUGACUCCUGCGGCUGUACCGAUGGCUGCAUUGACAGGACAAAAUGCAGGUGCCUGCUUCUUACUAAAAGAGCCUUCUUGAAAACUAUGUCUCCAAAAAAUGGAUCAUCUCACGGUUAUACUUAUAAAAGGCUGGAGGAACCUAUUUCCAGUGGAGUUUAUGAAUGCAGCUUGCUCUGCAGCUGUGACAAGAACAUGUGCCAGAACAGAUUGGUACAGCACGGCCUUCAAGUUCGCUUACAAGUCUUCAGCACUGAAAAGAAAGGCUGGGGAGUUCGUUGCCUUGAUGACAUUGACAAAGGAACAUUUGUUUGUACAUAUGCAGGGAAAUUGAGGUCCAGAGAUGAACAUUACCAGGGUGAAGAUAGUGGUGAAAUUGAAGAAGAAGUUACCAAGAAAACCAACCAGAGUUUGUUUUCAAGAAAGAGAAAACUGGGUGCAGUCUGUUCUGAUUCAGAGAAUGAACUUACUCAGAACACUGGAAGACAAUCUUUACAUCUGAAUGCUGAAGGUCAACCAAAUCGGGUUCAGAACUACACUUCAUACAAGAAUGUACAAGCUAUUGCAAGACCUAAAACUAAAACAUCCCUUCUUCAAAAACACCGGCGAGAACUAGUAAAUAUUCUGCAUUUGUUUUUUGGCUUUUCACUUUAUUUUAAUCUAUACUUCAGCUAUUUCAAAUCUGUUCUGUUUCUGCAUUUGGUAGCCAAUAUCUUAUUCUUUGCUUUGUGUAUCAGAGUUUAUGAAUGCAGCUUGCUCUGCAGCUGUGACAAGAACAUGUGCCAGAACAGAUUGGUACAGCACGGCCUUCAAGUUCGCUUACAAGUCUUCAGCACUGAAAAGAAAGGCUGGGGAGUUCGUUGCCUUGAUGACAUUGACAAAGGAACAUUUGUUUGUACAUAUGCAGGGAAAUUGAUGUCCAGAGAUGAACAUUACCAGGGUGAAGAUAGUGGUGAAAUUGAAGAAGUUACCAAGAAAACCAACCAGAGUUUGUUUUCAAGAAAGAGAAAACUGGGUGCAGUCUGUUCUGAUUCAGAGAAUGAACUUACUCAGAACACUGGAAGACAACAAUCUUUACAUCUGAAUGCUGAAGGUCAACCAAAUCGCAGGGUUCAGAACUACACUUCAUACAAGAAUGUACAAGCUAUUGCAAGACCUAAAACUAAAACAUCCCUUCUUCAAAAACACCGGCGAGAACUAGGAAUUACUGAUGCCAGCUCUGAUGAAGAUGAGAUUUCUUUGUGUCAGGUGUCAGGAACAACAAGAAUAACUCCAGCAACAAAAAAAGGAGAUGAACAAUCAAGCCUGCAAGGAAAAUGUGAAAAAUUGGCAAACGCUAGAAAUUCUGAAGCUAACCCUGACUGCCAUAAAGAGAAUCUCCUUUCCGAUGCUGUUUUGAAAAGUAAACUGCCUAUGCAAGAUGACAAAGAAGUGAAAAAACAACAUAAGGGAAAAACUCAGAGAACCAGACAGGAACUUGCUUGUAUGAAGGAGGCAGCAGAAAUUGAGACAUGCCCAAAGAAUGAAGAAAAUACUUGUUUGGUGGAUGCCACAAGGGAAGGCAAUGUAGGCAGGUUUCUUAAUCACAGCUGCUCUCCUAAUCUCUUUGUACAAAGUGUAUUUGUAGAGACUCACGAUAGAAACUUCCCCUGGGUGGCAUUCUUCACAAAGAGACAUGUAAAAGCUGGAACUGAACUUACAUGGGAUUAUGGUUAUGAAGCUGGAAGUAUGCCUGAGGCGGAGACUACCUGUCAGUGUGGGAGUCUGAAGUGCCGGAAAAAAAUCUUGUAGAGUUUUUGUAUGUAUUAAUCUAGAACUUGACAAAAUGGGCAGCACACAAAUAAUCUACUUUUUAAAAAAAAAAUUGAUAGGCACAGCCUUUUUGGAUCAAGGCAUCUGUGUACUAUCUGCAUUAAGUAUUAAUGGAAGCAUCUCAUUCCAGUCUAGGGCAGAUUUCCGUCACUGCUUUGGGUUUUGAACAGCUUCCUUGGAUUUCAAUUUUUAGUGAUUUGAGAUAGUUGCAUAGUUAUUUUUUUGGAUCUCAACUUUACCAACCAAAAAGGAAUUGGUAAACCAGAUACACUAGUUCUUCAAGGUCAGGUCUAAGAUCUGCUGCAGAGAAUUUCCAGUAUACUAUACAUAAUACUGAGUCAAAUGUAUGAAGUACUGACUCACAUGGACUAACAUACUAAUAUAGUAAUAGGCAGCUAGUUUCCUAUAGUUGUAUUUGUAAAGAUGGAAUUUUUUUAGCAACCUAUUGGCUAUUGCGUGAAAAGAUGGUAGUAAUAAAAAUAUCUAGUAGAAUAACAAGAUUGACAGGUAUGUAAUAGCAGCACACACAUGUGAAUUAUAAUCGUAUCGUACAAUACAGCUUUCCCCCUUCCACCCAAAUUCCUGUGGACCCUCAUAAGCAAGAAGACCAGUUGGCUUGGAGAGGCACACUGAAAAUUGAGGAAAGGUUAGGACCAAGAACUGGUACUAAAAGACAAUAUCUGAAAUGUACUCAUUGUAUUUAAUUAACUAUAUGUAUAUUAUUUUAAGAUGAUGUAUUAGUCUAUAUUCAGUCAUUUUCAUGUAUAUUAAAGCUUACCAUUCAGUACCAAUUUUUGCAAGAGUCCUAACAGCUUUCACUUUCUUAGUUGUAGGACAUAUUUAUCGUAAGUCAAUUCUUGUGUACACAAUUUGUGUGCUGUAACCUAUUUAAUGACUUGAUUACUGUGAUAGGGUAUUGAUUCAGCAAUUCCUUUCAUUCUUACUUUACACUUUACUUGUAUGCCAAAGUCCCAAAAGCUCUGCCCAGCUAAGAAAGAAACAAAUCUCUUAAUUAUAUCAGAAGCGUAUUCCAAUGGGUUUUUGAUAGUAUAUAGCCUGUGUAAGAAUGGUUUUAAUUCCUCUACUUCUCUUCACCUUCAGACUUCUAGAUGUGCCAAUAAAACAAUUGGCAUUUGUUCAUCAAACUUCAAAAAUGUUGCAACCUCAGCUAAGAUAACACAUUGGAUUAAUAUCUCCACUGAUCAAGUCAUGAUAUAAUCUUUAAUUUGCUAUUAAGAAGAUAGAAAAUUGUCCAAUGCUUUGUCAUCUGCAUUUGCUGCCUUGAAUAAUAUGUAAAAAUAAUCAAAGAUAGGAAAUAAAUAAUUUAAAAAGUCCAUCUCACAAUGAACCUUAAAUGCCUGUAAUUUCCAUAUGUCUCCCUACAUGGAGAUAUAGGCGGUCUUCAACUUACCAACUACAAUUGAGCCUGGAAUCUUGAUCAUUGUUAAGUGAGAUAUCACAUGAUUGCUUCACUCAACAAUUGCAAUCUUGGCACUUGUGGUUGUGGUCAUUAAGUGGACAGAGUCCCAGGUAAGGAGUGCAGGGUGCCUUGGUGUUGGGGGAAGACCCUGGAAGGUUCCACUCAGGAGCUGAAACCUGCCCCUUCUAAAAUCCAUGCAUGAUUUUCAGCCCUUGAGGGAGAGACACUAACACACAGCCCAUGCAGGACCUCUCUGACUUGUUUGAAGCACCCAUACUUUUUAUCACUUUGUCCCUCUGCUCCCUCGUCUCUAGGUGCUGGGCUGAAAGCACUGCUUGCCAAAGGAUAUCAUCUCUCCGUGCACGGAGAGGAAUGCAUUUGGUGGGCUGCAGAAUCAGUGCUCAGAUCUUCAGGACCUGAGUUCCAUUUCUCCACCCUGUCAAACGAGAUAAGCUCCCUUCUGUGCAUGGAAGGGAACUCCUGCGUGCUGCAGAAAUGAAGCUCAAAUUAUUGCGAUCUGAACUCCGUUUCUGCAUCCCCAUGGAAGAAAGUCAUCUCUCCUCUGGGAACUCCUUCCACGGGGUGCAGAAACAGCUCAAAUCAGGUUCUCAGCUCCAAUUCCCCACUCCUUAAGAGGAUGUCCUUUAUCCACGCACAGAAGGGAACUUGCGUGGGGAUGCAGAAACUAAGCUUAUCCAUUUCUCCAUCCCACCAAAAGAAUUCAGCAUCCCUUCACAGGCAGCUCAUUUGACCAGCCCCAGAGAUGAGAAGGAGUCUCCAGACAGCAGCUUUUCAACCUUCCCUGUCAAUUUCUCCACUGAUUUUCUGGGGAAGCCAGCAGAGAAGAUGAUGAUCACAUGAAAACACCAGUUGGCAACUGGUCACAAGUGAAAACAGGUUGCCAAGCACCCAGAUUAUGAUUAUGUGAACAGGGGGAGGGGGGAGUUUUACAAGAGCUGAAAGUGCCUUGCAGGCCACAAAGCACCCUCUGAGACUAUCAUAAGCAACCAGUUGCAAGUUGCAGUCUUACCUGUAUAGGAUGUUUAUGGCAAAGCAUAUGGAAGUCCCCUAGUUGAUUAUGGCAAUUAUUACUGAAUCAAUAGCAUAAAAUGUAUGGUAGAAUAAGAAAACUCAAUUUUUUUCCAUUAGCCAUAUUUUACCUCUAUUUUCUUUGAGUCCAUAUUUCCUGUAACUACUUUUGGAGAAACAAACAAACAGAUUAUUAAUUUCUUGAGUACUUUUUUAAAAAUAAUACUACGUAGAAAAUACAUUCCUAAGAGAGCAAGAUCCUAUAUAUCACUGGGUCAGCUGCUAGCAACAAAAUAGAUUUUAUGUUUAGGAGGUGAAAUGAGGAAAUUUGAACAUUUAGAGUGUAGCUGUUUUAUAUUUUUAUACUAAAAAAACAUUUAAAAAAUCUUGUCUAUGGUUUUGUUUCCAUUUGGUAAAAAAAAAAAAAAUAUCUGUUUUGAUUAUAUGUAAGAGAAAACCAAACUCUCAUGAAUUCAUCUAUUUUAGUUUUAACUACAAUUCUUAUUCUUGGCUUUUAACCAUUAGAAAAACCUUUGGAAUGCCGAAGCCAACUUUUCAUUAAGCUUACGUUGAUAAUAAUCUUAAUUAUUACAAUAAUGUGUACAAUUAUUUUUAUGAAUGAGUGUAAUGAACACAGAGUGGAGAGUAAGCAAAUAGAAUUAUAGGAAUCAUACUUGUAAUGCAUCAAUACUUCAACUAUAAACUAAUUAUAUGUGGUUUUCUGAAAAUCUGAUGCUCUUUUUGCUUUAACUUCAAAAGAGGGAAUAGAUAUAAACACUAGUGAUAUAAUAAGCAUAUAAAAUUUAGUCAAAGCGUCUAUGAAGCUGAUAGUAGACCAGAAUUCUCUGAAAGUUAGCAUGUUCCAGAU